GGGCUUGUACCACCCCGUGUUGUUGCUGGAGAAUAAAAGAAAACCGGGUUCUGAUGCUGAGCCCACCUGGUUAAGAACAUUGCUGCAGAGACCUGUAUGUGGCUGCAUGGUGGGGAAAGAAUUAAAGAAAAGCUGACUAGCUGUUCUACCCUCCUAAGUCGGAUUUGCAGGAUUUAAGAAAAUCUGCUGGAAUUCCUUGAUCUUAUUUCUGUUCCUUAUAGCUUGAGUACUAUACCAGCUCUGGGUAUGAUUGCUGUUGACUACCUCUCUUUUUAGGCUUUCACUGAAGAACUCUUAUGGAGGAAGCACUGAUAUUUCAGUUGGUCUUGACAAAUAGUAGUCCUGCCAGUUCAGGAGAAAUAGGUUGAGUUCCAGAGAGCUAGAACAUUUUAGAAGGUGGUACUUCAGGAGGGUCCAUACAGAAUAAUCUGAAAAAAUCUAGAUGGAAAGAGUCUUUAGGUAAUCAUAAACUAUUACAGACCUGUGUUUAUAGCAGGGCGAGAAGGUUAUUUGUGGGUUAUAUGAACUUGAGUAUUUACAACUACUUCAGACUUGCCCACACAAGAUAGUUCAAGAUCUGGUUUACCUUAUCUUUAGAUAUGUUACCUAUCUAAACUGCUGUAGUUAUAUUGGUAUCGUUUCCUCCUUGGUCUUCCUUUCUAUCUUGGAUAUGGCCACAUACCUGUGAGAAGCUUUUGAGAAUCUGAGAUCCACCUCUCUCAAGGAAAUGUCACUGCCAGAAAACCAGGAGGGAGUCUUGGCAAGAAGAAAAUAGUUCCAAAAGAGGACCUGCCACAGAAGAGCAAACUUCCAACACCCACUAUGUAUCUUUGCACAGGUUGUCAUUUCUACAGAAACCGAAUACCAGACUCAAACUUCUGUUGCUUUUGGUGUGUGCCACUCUGUGUUUCCUUUAAAAUCACUUCACCUAGGAAAUAACCUUAUCUAGUGAUUCAGGUUGCCCUGAAAGGGAAGUAACUUCCAAGCUACUGUGAAAGAAAUCCAGUACAGGCUUUUGCUAGAGGUUUUAAACCCUCUUAGCAUGUAUCAGAGGGCUAAAUAGGUGAGCGUCUUACAGGAGUUCUGAAGGAGCAUCAUCAGCCUCUCUGCUCCUGACUAAGGAGCAGAUUUCUCAGAACCUUAGUAGAUAUUUCUGUUCCUGCCUCCUAGUAUAUCCUUUCCUUGUGUUUUCACUGGAGUAAGUGGUUCUAAAUUCCAACACAUUCCUAUAUUUUUGUUUUGCUCCUUUUUUUGCCAGUGCUGCUUGAGAGCAUCAGCAUGCUGCAGCAUCUAAGCUAUUUCCAUCCUCUGUUGCCCUGAUCAUCUGCCUCCCUCACUACGAGGAUAUAGGAGAUUUGCUCCUAAUUAACUGAGUGCAGUUCUUGGCCAAAUCCACUGUGUCCAGAAUGCACUGUGGUACAAAUCCACUCCAGAAAGGGCUCCCUCCUGUCACUCAGCAACUACUGUAAGAGAUCCAGCAUGGAGUGGAAUUUCUUUGCCUUUGAUGAGCAUCUGAGGAUGAGGCAACUCAAAACUGUCAUCUGAAGUGAGUAAUGAGCAAUAAGUGAGGGAAUUAGAAAAGAGGCUUCUUGUGAAGCCAAUAGAUUUCUAUCAGCCUGUUCCUUGUUUUUAUGCUGAACGUGUGUUUGGAAAUGCUGCUCAGCAGACUUGGCCAGGAGUGAGCUCAUUUCUUGAGGUGACCUUGUUUCAUGCUGCAGAAAACCAGGAGUUAAUCCUUCCGAAAUCAGAGUAUAAAUAGGUAAUUCCUGUUAAACUGAGCUGAGGAGCUGCAGGGGGAACUUGUUAAAAAAGACUCAAGAUUGAACAGCUUUAAAUGUACCUUCCUUAGAUUUAAUAAUGUUUGAAACUUCCGUUGUUACACUCUAACCCUAAUUCACAUGGAGGAACAGUAAGCUUAAAACACUAAAAAAUCCCAUAGGAUUGUUUGUAACAGUACAGUAAUGAUCAACCCUCUGGAAAGCAUCCCAGCCAGUCAAGUGAAAAUAACUUUACAGCCCAAGGUCAAGGAGACACUUGAAAAAGACCUAGGGAAGCGAUGGUAGGAUGCAGGGCUGAAAACUGGGAAUGCGCCACGGAGGGCUGUGCCGCCUGUGAGUUUUGCAUGGGGAGAGCUGGAAGCUGCUUCAGGUAAAGUUUUCCGGGUCCCGUUUACCUGGGUCAAACCAGAGGAGAGUUUGACCUGGGGAAGCUGCAGGGAGCUAAUCGAGGAGGCAGCGGUGGGGGGAUAAAGUCCAGAUUCCUUCCAGCAAGUCUAAUCUCUGGCAAGUGUGCGCGCACAAGCAGCUUCCUUCUCCAGCUCGGCUGUCGGCGGUUCUGCAGGAGGACACAGCCCCGCGUCCCCGCAGUCUCCGUGCCUCGGGAGGGAAGGGAGAGGAGCGCGGCCGGCCCAGGAGCCGGGCGGGGGCUGGCAGCGGGGAGAAGCGCAGACCUGGAGAGGGAGGGGAGAGCGGGCUGAGGGCUGCGCCCCACCCGCCAGCGCUUGCCUCCUCCUGGAUUUAAGGUGCGAGAGAAACCCAGGGGCAUGUUCUCCGCCCUUAUUCUCUCCCCUCUUUUUCUCCUUUCCAAAGAGAAUAACCAAGGAGAAGAGAUGGGGAGAGACAGGGGAAAGUGAAAUUCUAAGAUGCUGCUGGGAACUUUGAUCCCUUCCCCUGCAUCCCUUUCCCUGCGCAGAAAUGGAAGAGGCAUCCCACUCAGUUGGGUGCGGAGCCCUGCUCCCGGGGAAGCCCAGCUGCAGAGCCCGAGGAGGAGGCAGCAGCUGAGCCUGGCAGCUGAACGGCAAUGUGAUGCUUGAAGAAGCUUCUGCCCACUUUGCACAGGAGGGAUGGAGAUCCCCAAAGUACUGGGGCUCCUCAUAGAGCUCUCCAGUCUGUUAUCCUGUCUCAGAUGUGUGGAGGUAAGAAACUGUUAUUCUUCUAUCUGCUUGUGCAAAGUCACAUGGCUCUUUUAAUGUCCUCACCGUAAGUGGAUCUUGUUAUUACUUGAAUAUGUUUUCCAAAGCAUCUAGGCAGCUGCGGUCUCUGGGAAGAGCUGGGGGCUUGGGGAGGGAUUUAUUUCAUUGUGCAUAUGAAAUCCAGACAAGGAAACAAAUCAGGGAAGCAGGAUGCACAAGAGCUUGCAGAUGCUUUGGCUCAGGUUUCUUGUGUUUCUCAGACACUGCAGUGACCCUGGCAGGAAAGAUCCAUUGUUUCUGUUCUUUGAUGAUGGACUGAUUACCCCUGUUGCUGUUAGGAAGAGAUGAUUUAUAGCCACAUGGAUGUGGGGCAGUGACUACAGCACAUAGCGUCUGCACUAAGAUUUGGUCAGUCUUAGCUAAGAUGGUCAGUGCUGGGGUGCUUUGGAAGCUGCUACGUGAACUGGCAGCAACUAAUCUUUCAUUAGAAGGGAAGCAUAUUACAUGGAGUGCAAUUCUUUUAUUUAUGGUCCAUCUCCAAGAGCAAGUUCAGGCUUUCAUGUACGGCCUGUUAUUAGUCCAACCCAUCCCUCUGUUGCCUGCGGGCUUACAUGUGUGUGCAGCUGCACAUUAAAUGCUAGGAGUCAGGGGACCUGGAGUGUGGCUCAGUCAGAUGUUUGGUGCCGUCACAAAAGUGUGGCUUAGCUCACCUUCCUGUCUUUGCAAAUAUCUGAGAGAUCCUCAGAUAAGUCCUUUGGCAUUGAUACUUCACAGACCAUUAUGUGGGAUUUCAACAGCCUGAUACAUGCAGAUGGAUUUUUGGCUGAAAAGCAUUUGUCAGUUAAAUGCUGUUUUAUCCAUGCAUCCCUUGUGUACGUGCAGCUGAGAUCUGAUCUGCUGUUUCUGAGACAUGUCAGGAUUUCAUGUUUGAUAUGUAGCGUCACAUUCUGACUUCUAGAGGGUGAUGGUGGAGCUUGGCCAUGGUUGCCAACACCUGAUGGACCAUAUUCACAAGCUUGUUUUAAAAGGAAAGAUGUCUGCUUGAGGAGGUGUCAUUCUUGUCAGGUAUCUAUGGGAACUAUCUCUACUUAUUCGAGAGGGGGGGUUGAUUUAAUUCCAGAUUUUACACUUCCCCUUUUCCAGGGAAAGGUGGAGCUGAGAGAAGCAAAAUUACUGCAUUUGAAGAAAACCAGAACCAUUUCCAAUAGCUGGUAGUCUUUAUAUGCAUAACUCUGCUCUGUGAAUAACAAGGCCUUGUUCAUAUAGGAAUAUAAGAAACAUUCAUUUAGAAGUAUUUAGAAAUUAAUUAAAGUCCAAGGAGUUAACAGAAGCAUGUACAGUUUCUUCUCUUCACUCUGCUCUGUGAAGAUCUUGCACCUGCCUGCACAUCAUGUAAUGGUGCUGAGUGGAGAUCCCUAUCUUUCAGCCCGCAAUCAAGUUAUAACCACCAAAAACACUGCCUAUAAGAGGAAAUACAGUUUGGGGGCUGAGCAGGAUCCUGGAAUUCUGAAGACUCUGUUUCAUAUUUUUUGUUCUUAGUAAUUUAACCCCAUUGGGAUAAUAGUACCAUAGGCCAUAUCAUAUUCUCAUGUAUUAAAACCAGAAUCCCCCAAAAGCAUUGUUGUAUUUCUUCUUUAGGCGUUUCCCCACUUUGUACACUUAUUACUAUUUUAACAGGGAUCCCUGGGGGCAUCAUCCCAUCACAUAGAUACAUCUCUGUUUGCUGCUGUUGCCAUAGAUGGCUUGUCCUAGAAAUGGGGAGAGAAUGAGUGGUUAUUCAUUAUUUUCCUUACUGGCUUUCCUGGGAUCCCAGCCCAACCAAAACCAUUUGCAGAGUACAGCAUCCAGCGUGUGUGGUGUUGGACCUCUUGGGUAUUACAAUGGUUCACUGGCGGUCACUGAGGCUGGGGCAGAGUGCCUCAACUGGGCAGACUUCCCCGAUUAUGUUCAGCAGUACCCAGACCGCGGCUUGGGGGACCACAACCACUGCAGGAACCCGGACGGGGGAACUACACCCUGGUGCUUCUACCGGCUUGCAUCAGGGGCCAUCGGCUGGGCUAAUUGCGACUGUAACCAAGGUGCUGUGCGAUUGGCUGAAGAUAGUAGUGUGGAGCUGUACUUCAAUGGACUCUGGGGCACCAUCUGUGCUGACUACUGGACUGACUGGGAUGCCAGUGUUGUCUGCAGACAACUAGGUCUCAGUGAGAUCGGCUCAGCUGGGAAGAAGAGUCACCCUGGACUGUGGCCUGUUCCCCUGCACCUGCAGUCAGCAAACUGCCAUGGGGAUGAGAAAGCCCUGCUGGAGUGUGGCUACCGGGAAGCUGUGUCAGGAGUUUGUAAGCAGGGGAGUGCCAUGGCAACCUGUGUCCCUCCAGAAGGUGUAGAUGCCCCGCUGCGUUUAGUUGGGGGAAAGGAGAGCUUUGAAGGACGAGUGGAGGUUUACCAUGAUGGCAAGUGGGGUACCAUCUGUGAUGACCAGUGGGAUGACCGGGAUGCUGAAGUAGUCUGUAGGCAGCUGGGACUCAGUGGGAACCCAAAAGCUUUGUCGUGGGCUCACUAUGGGCAGGGAUCUGGCCCAAUCCUGCUGGAUGAAGUGGAAUGCUCAGGCAAUGAACUCUCACUUGACCAGUGCAAGAAGAGUGACUGGGGACAGCAAAACUGUGACCACAUUGAAGACGCUGGGGUCUCCUGUGACCCUUUCACAGAGGGCACCAUCAGGCUGGCUGGUGGCCGCAGCCCCAGUGAAGGCAGGGUAGAAGUUUAUUACAAUGGAGACUGGGGCACAGUGUGCGAUGACGGCUGGACAGACCUCAGUGCCCAGGUAGUCUGCAGGCAGCUGGGCUUCAGUGGUCCUGCUACCCUCGCCUCUGAAGGGGACUAUGCUGCUGGCCAAGGCUUUAUCUUACUGGAUGAUGUGGCUUGUGUGGGGACAGAGCUGUCCCUCCUGGACUGUCCCCACAGCAACUGGGGGCAGCAUGACUGCUCACACGCUGAGGAUGUGGGAGUCCGCUGUUCCCUGGAGAGCAACACAGUCAUGGAUGACAGCCUGGGACCUCCUGUGCGGCUCAUGGAUGGAGAAAGCACCAAGGAGGGACGAGUUGAGGUAUUCCUGAAUGGGCAGUGGGGCAGUGUCUGUGAUGAUGGCUGGACAGACAGAGAUGCUGCAGUGGUUUGCAGGCAGCUGGGAUUCAGUGGUACAGCAAAAGCCAGGGCAAUGGCUUAUUUUGGUGAAGGCCAUGGACCCAUCCAUCUGGACAACAUAGAAUGCAGAGGCACGGAGCACACCCUGGGGCAAUGUGUGAGGCCUGACACAGGGAUUCACAGCUGCUGGCACAGUGAAGAUGCUGGUGUGAUCUGUGACUAUGUGGAAGAGAAGGUGCAAGGUAUCAGGAGAACAGGUCCAGAGUCUGGUGUGUGCGGGAUGCGCCUGCUUCACCGUCGCAAGAAAAGGAUCAUAGGUGGAAAGAAGUCCCUCAGAGGCAGUUGGCCAUGGCAGGCCUCACUGCGGUUGAAGGGUUUUCAUCGAGAUACUCGUCUGCUGUGCGGAGCAACCCUGAUCAGCAGCUGUUGGGUAGUGACUGCAGCCCACUGCUUCAAAAGGUUUGGUGUUGAUGUGCGGCGCUACCUGCUGCGGGUGGGUGAUUACCACACGGGUGUGAAGGAUGAGUUUGAGAGGGAGCUGCCCGUGGAGCGGAUAGUCCUCCACAGGAACUACUGGGCUGGCAGCAAUGAUAACGACAUUGCCUUGGUCCGAAUGCGGGGCAGAGAGGGGCACUGUCUCUCCUUCAAUCACCACGUUCUGCCUGUCUGCCUGCCUGACAGGAAAGAGAAGUCUGACAUCAACAGGCAAGCCUGCAUCAUCUCUGGUUGGGGAGACACAGGGAAGUCCUAUUCAAGAACCCUGCUGCAGGGGGUGGUGCCUCUUCUCCCACGGGAAGACUGUGAGGCCCGCUAUGGGCACAAGUUCACGAACCGCAUGAUUUGUGCUGGGAACCUCUCUGAAGACAAGCGGGUGGACAGCUGCCAAGGCGACAGCGGAGGGCCACUCAUGUGCCAGAGGCCAAACGGGCGCUGGGUCAUUGUGGGGAUCACCUCCUGGGGUUAUGGCUGUGGUCGGAAAGAUUCCCCUGGUGUGUACACGAAGGUCAGCAAAUAUGUACCCUGGAUCAAGAGAGUGACCAAGCUAAAAUGACAAUGUCUGAGCUCUAGGAACUUCAACAUAUGGCCCUAUUGCCCUACAGCAGCGGAAGGCUGUGGCUCCUGGCCUGUGGCUGGUGGAGACUGGACACUGGGAAAAGACUUUCAUGAAAGACUUUCAUGUAGAACUGGGAGAAAAACAGUUACAGCUGAUUCUGCAAAGUCUUUGGUUCACUUUAGUCUGUGAUCUCUGAGCAGAGAAAGCAAGUGCUCACUGGUAAGAAUGAUAAGUCUAUGUUGCUCUGACUACCUGAGUCCUGUAACGCAAUCACACUUGUUGCCCUGCACGCAGAAAUGUGUAAGUGGAGAGAUACCUGCCUCUGUAAAUCUGUUCCGGGGUUUGCAUGUUUGCACAGCUGAAAAAUGCUGCAAGCAGACAUGAGAUGCUCGGAAGACGGCACCAGGCUCCGGCACAGCUGAAAUCUUCAGAUUUUCUUUUUGUAACAGUUCUCCAAUUCUGAGAAUCAGAGAUUUAAGCUGAGCUGAGGAACAGGCCAACAGCUGGGUCUUUUCCUUCUCUGUUAUGUCUCAAGGGUGAAUCUUUUCUUUUCUGAAUAGUAGAUCUGCUCCCAUAUGAUCCCUUUAAAGUAUCUUUCCCUGCUAAAAGAUGCUUGUCCCUCCUUCUGUAAUCCUCUAUCACAUGUUUCCAGCUGCCAGAUGCUAUGGUUUUAUUGCUACUUUCUCAAUAUAGUGGUUUCUUUUGUGUUCAUUAGGUUUAGUUGUUUUUUGGUUUGUUUUGUGUUUUUUUUUUUUCUUAAAGCAGCAUCUCCUAGAAUCAGUUUUUCAUGUAAGAGUAAAUCUUAAUUUUUUAGGAGACAGUAGCUUUCUUGCCCUUGUGUUUACUACAAAGAACUUAAAACUGUGACCUCAAAAGGCUGAAUAGACAUGUUCUUUUACUUUAAAUCCAAAUGUAAUGUUUAUCUCAAACAUUCAGGUGUUGAAUCACUGUUUAACAGCACUGCGGCAGCUUUCUCUUGAUACUUCAUUCAUCUUAGCUGCCCUUUAUUUGUGAUGUUAGUCUUUAAUAGCUCUGUGCUCACAGUUCUCCCAUGAAAUACAGAAAUACUCCCGUGGUACAGAUGCACCUCAAGCAAGUUACUC